CUCUUUUUUUUCUUUUUUCUUUGUUUUUUUACCCAAAUAUAUCUAUACAUAUAUCGUCGAUGAACCCUGCCCAAGCAAAUAAAAUUGACGUUAGUCAACUGAGCGAGGAAGAAAGAAAGUUGUUCCGUAUGUACGGUAAACUUCCUGAUCGUAAAGAUCUCUUGGGCCAUAAGCUCAAGGAGCGUAAAUACUUUGACUCUGGUGAUUAUGCACUUUCCAAAGCAGGAAAAGAGCCAGUUGCCAUAGGCUCAGAACACCCUUCACCUGAUACCAUUCCUCACUCGAACCCUGUUUCUCAGCCCGGAUCAAGUCCUGUCAAAGAAAGUCCACUUGUCUCGGAAACAGAUGAACAACAACAACAGCAACAACAGCAACAACAGCAACAAUAAUCUUUCAUGCAGUUUUAUUUUUAUUUUUUUCUUUUUUAUUUUCAUUAAAU